UAAGAUUCUGCGAACAGGCAAAAAAAUAUCACCAAAUUCACGUCGACCAGUAAGCCCCGAGUCAAUUUAUCAACCAUAUCCCAAAAUCCAAGCGCAUUUAUCCUAUCGCAAAAAUGGAUGCAUCAAAGGUCCCCGUCAAGCUCGUUAAGGUCACCCGUGUUUUGGGCAGAACCGGUUCCCGUGGAGGUGUUACUCAAGUCAGAGUUGAGUUCAUGGACGACACCACCCGUUCCAUUAUCCGUAACGUCAAGGGCCCAGUCCGUGAAGACGAUAUCCUCUGCUUACUCGAAUCUGAGCGUGAGGCUAGAAGAUUGAGAUAA